ACGCGCGUUUUCUCCCUUGCAAGUACUACUCCACGGCUCCCGAGCUGGCACGCCUCCUGCACACUGGUUGGAUUUGUGGCCACCAGAAGACAUUGUCAGCGACCGCGACACUCGUUUCAUGUCGGCGUUUUGGACUGCUCUCAUGCAGGAGUCCGGCACAACAAUGAAACCAAGUUCGGCUCGACACCCUGAGACAGACGGGCAGACAGAGCGGGCACAUCAGACCGCUCAAAUGAUGCUUCGUACGCUCAUCCGUCCGGACCAGAAAGAUUGGGUUGACCGCCUCCCCGACAUCGAGUUCGCCUACAACACUUCGGUGCAUCUGGCGAUCGGCAUGACUCCAUUUGAGUUGCACCACGGUGGACGGAAAGGCCGGAUCUUCGCCGACCUUCUCCUCCCUCGACCAGCCGACAUUGACGCUGCCUGCUCUCCUUCUUCCGUCCGGAAGUACAGGGAAUUGCUGACUCAAGCCCGCGCAAAUAUGCAAAAGACUCAAGCCCGCGCAAAUAUGCAAAAGGCUCAAGUCCGCAUGCAGCAGCAAGCCAACAGGCGUCGCGUACCAUGUCCCAUCCGCGCCGGUGAUCUGGUUUGGGUCUCCGCGGAAGAGUUUGCACUGGAACAGGAUAUUUCACGCAAACUGCUUCCCAAGUGGUUUGGACCUUGGUCUGUGACAGCAGCCGCGGGCGAUGAGCCCGAUGGCCCUUCAUUUGUGAUCAACAUUCCAGAGCAUCUGACGGUCCAUCCGGUCUUCCACGCCUCGAAGCUGACAACUUAUAUGCCAGCCAAGAGCGACGACUUUCCGGACCGACGAUCGCAUGACCCUCCUUCUAUGGAUGGUCAUCAGGAAGUUGACCGCGUCAUCUCCGAUCGCAAGUACGGCAGCAAGCCUCGACAGUAUAAAGUCACAUUCAAAGCAUGCGAUCGCGACGACACUCGAACGAUAACCACAUGACCAAUCCCACAUGAAGCACCGCCAUCCCUCCCUAAGAUAGACCAAAUAACGGGACAAGGCCAACCGGAAUCGAAGCAGACAAGAUUCUCAUUCACAAAACAAACAUUCUACCAUAUCUAUAGUACAAAAGACGGAACCAUUCAGUAGGCCCGCAAAACGCAAAAUCCCAACAAUAGGGAAGAUUAACGAAAAGAAGAAAAGAAGAAAAAUAUACAACAGAUUAAAAAAUACUAUCUUCCAUAAGAAAAGACAAAGCCUGCUAUAUAUCACACUCACACCCCGAACCACCCGCCUUUUUCGUUCGUCAUCCACCGUCUCGACCGCCGCCAGUCUCGUUUCUUCCUCCUAUUAUCCGCACAUACGACCAGCGCAUAUAGCCGAGCUUUAUAUGCCUCAUCCCGUACACCCGAGCCUAGCGCUUACUGAAAUGCGCGCUACUUUGACGGAAUCUGGUCAUAAUCGGGCUCAGAUACACCACGGGAUGUUCGCGUGUGAGUACGGCCUCAGAGCGCAACGCAUCCAUGACAGAAGAUCACCCUCGAGGGGAUUCGAGGACGCUUCGACUGCAGAUACCGAGCAGGUACGUGGUCGGACUAGAGCGACCUAAGACGGAGACAAAGCUGAGCAAGAAGGGACAGCAAAGACGGAGGAGGGAAGAAAAUUCAAGAAAUGCCUUCGCCAAGGUUCGUAUCUCUUAAGGCUCUGUGGAACGAUCUCAUCUGUCUACUGGAGCUAUGGCGACGCGGUCUUGACGAACAACGACAUCUUCCAUUCCCGCAGUGGAACCGAGAGAGAUGAGAUGGCGCGGUCACCUCUCCGCUGACGCCCAGAAUGCACCAAGCGUAGGCCAGACCACGGGGGCGCCCGGGACCCAUAUCAUUUCGUGUAGUUCAGCGGCGGGCUACGGGCGAAGAACGUGAAUAGGUCCGUCGGGAGAUCCGUUCAAAUUGGAACGAU